UGUCAUUUUCCAAUCUGUCACCUUUCAUCAGGCCCAAAAUAUCCAAUUUGGUUUCGAGGAACAUUUUUGAAGAAUCCCAGUAAGAAAAACUACUGCCUCAAGAUGCCUGAAAUGUCCACUGCUGAAAAGCAGCUCUUGCUAAAAAAGCAUGAGCGUGCUAGUAAAUUACGUGCUGAAUUCCAAAAGCAAAUUACCAAUCCCCAUCGUCAUGCAACCGGUGAGGGUGGCACUGUGUUCGAUGCUGGAAUGCAACGAUUCCAGGCUAUGCGUGUCAACUUCUACGAACACUUUAGACCAACUACCAAAGCAACUAGAACAGGAUUGCUUAUUGUCGUCUUACCAAUUUGUGCAUUCGCUAUGGGCUUCAAGGCUGACCGUGAUGCCAAGGAACAAAAAUUCCGUACUGGACAAGUUGCAUACAAAGAUCGUCAAUUCAAAUUCAUUUAAACGUGAAACGAAAAAAUUGCCAGUUUAUUUAUCCCUUAUGAAUAUUAAUAAUACAAAUAAAGAAUGGUUAUGAAAUUUC